UUCAUAGAAAAUCAUAUAGCUUGGACUGGGAGUCUACAGAAAAACUACCACUUAAGCCUCAUAUAAACAUGAAAUGGGCCUCUACUUUAAAGCAAAGAUCAUAUGUUCCAUUAUUGAGCUCAGCCGCUGCUGGUUCUAAUAAAACUAAUCGUCAUAUGUUUGAAGCUCCACCAAGAACUGUAAAACUAAGUGCUAGAGAAACAUUUAACCUCAGAGAUGAUCCUGGUGUUUCACGUCUUGAAAAAAGCACAGACCCUUCUUCAUCUGAGGUGCCCAUCACUCCUGUGAGGAUAACACCUGGAGGAGAAAGUAUCAUGACCCCAGUAGAGGUUCCUACUCAGAUUAUGCAGCCAACACUCCCCAACUCGACUUUCGUCAACCAACGCUUAAACAAGAGAGAAAUUAACAGACUGAAGAACCUGAGAAGAAAGCAAAAGAAGCGAGAUAAGUGGCUACUUGGGCAGAAACAGAUCAAUACAUUACACCACAUAGUCACAGAAGAGGACGAUGAACUUAUCAAAGAAAAGGAGAGCUACACAUGCGCCGUGUGCUUAGAUGUGUAUUUCAACCCUUACUUGUGUUAUCCAUGCCGGCACAUUUUUUGUGAGCCAUGUUUACGCACACUGGCGAGAGAUAAUCCAACAAGAACCCCAUGUCCGCUAUGCAGAUCAAUUAUUACAAGGGUUCACUUCCAUUCAGAUCUCAGCAAAUGUUCUGCUGCAUUCUUUCCAAAUGAGUAUCUUAAAAGAAAGCAAAGUUUUCAGAGGGCAAAUUGUGCAAAAUGGCCUCUACCCUACUGCAACAGACUAUUUAGAGUGUUUGGAGAUUUUAGGAGACACAUGGGUCCUAUAGGAAGAAGGCAGUUUCCACACGGAGAGCACCGACUUGACUUUGAAGAUGAUAGCCAUGGUUGGAGAUUUGACCUGGACAUGAUCAUUAUAUACAUUUACUCUGUGAACUGGGUCAUUGGAUUCAUUUUAUUUUGUCUUUUAUGCUAUUUUUUCUGUCUCUCACUUUAAGACAUAAUAAAAUGAUUCUUUGUAAAUUGGCAAAUGUAUG